AUUUCUACAUUGAUAAAAAUAAUCCUGAUGGCAACUUGGUUAUUUCACAAUCUUUAAAAUGCGAAAUCCUGUUGAAAAAGACAUAAUUUGUUGGUGUUUUACACAUAUUUUCUUUAAAAAUGAUUGGUACCGCAAAUGAAUCGGAUGAAAAGGAAUUAAACAAGAGGAUCAUAAACUUUUGUGAACUUCCAGAUGAUGUGUUGUUUUCAAUUUUUAGACACUUGGACAUCAAGUCCCUGUCCAUCUUAUGUCGCGUUUGUUGCAGAUUGAAAGAUUUGCUUAGAAGCGAUCAUGCUUGGAUGAUCUUUUCUCAACAUUUCAAUGUCAUUCAUAUUGAGGAAGAUGUUCUUCCUCUGAAAGAGAAAUUCAGGAUUUCCCACAACAGAGAAAAGGGAGCCUACCAGGAGUCACUACUUGCCAACUUUUCCAAAAGACAAAUGCCAUGGAUGCAGUAUCAUAAUGGGAACCUAUGGGUCUCAUCCAAGAAUGAGAUUCAGUCCUUUAGCCCAGGCAGGGGCAAACAAUCAAGGGUCAAUAAAAAGAAUAAUCCAUACAAACUUCAGAGAGAUGUAACAAAAUUUGUCAAUAAAGAAGGCAGGAUAGUUAGCGGAUGUUUGGAUGGCAGCAUUCAUAUAUGGGAAGAAGGGGGUACUCAUACAGUGGUGGAGAAGGCCCACCCUAUAGACACACAGGCUGUGGACUGUCAUAACAAUAUCCUGGUCUCUGGCUCAAGGGAUGCAACUCUAAAGGUAUUUGAGCUCCAGUUAGAUAAUUACAGUGGAAUCAUUGGAGUGGAGGAGAAAUGCUGCUUCCCUGUUGGGGACAGGGUCUGGUCUCUCACCCUCUCUCAGUGUGGCAGCUUUUGUGCAUGUGGAACAGCAUUUUGUGAAGGAGAUGCCCCAAUAUCUUUGGUGGAUUUAAAUAAAAAGUGUGCAGUUGGCCAAUUAGGCACACAACACAAGAUUGGAGCAGGUGUCUUAGACCUGCACUAUGAGAAUGAAAACACAUUGCUGAGUUGCGGAUAUGACACUUUUGUACACAUGUGGGACCUUAGAAUCAACACAAGUGUCUGUUCCUGGGAACAAAGGUUUGACUCGGCAUACUACUGUCUCAAGUCAGAUGGUCACAUGAACAUAUUCGCUGGAGCAUCGCGGCAUGGAUUGGUUGAUCUGUGGGACAAAAGGCAAACAAAAAAACCUGUCCAGACCUUUUAUAUAGGCCGACAGAACAGUCCUGUGUAUUCUUUGGCGUUUGACAGUAAAAGACUCUAUGCUGCGCUGGACUUACAAGUCAAGACACUAGACUUCAGUUGUUAUCAGUGAAUCAAGUUAUACAUUAUAAUCAACUAACAAUUCAAAAUACUAGACUUCAGUUGUUAUCGGUGAAUUAAGUUAUCUAUACAGUAUAAUAGACUUACAAGUCAAGACACUAGACUUCAGUUGUUAUCAGUGAAAUAAGUUAUUAUUAAUACAUUAUAAAUGUAUGUUAUCUCACUCAGGGUUAAUUAUAUACUCUAUGUCCUUGUGGCUGAACUUUUAAUAUUUCCAUUCCUAUUUGUCUUCUCUGUGAUAAUUCUUUGCAAGUUAGGCAAGUUGAUUUCUUGAUAAUUCAAUGGGAAUGUAAAUUUCGCCAAUCAGAAGGUGAGCUAAGGAGGCCUAAUAUGCAUGUAAAUCUCAUGUGCCUGUCUUCGUGUUUGACGUCAGUGAAAUUGACAUGGGAGGCCUGGUGUAAUUUAAGUCUACUAGAUUAAAUCUUUACAAUUUUAUUUCACAAUGAAAUGUAAAUAUAAGGAAUCACUGUCUAGUUUGUUGGGUAUGCCAGGGACAUCAAUGAUAGUUUGAAACUUGGGAUAUUUAUCCCACGUUUCCAACUACAUGUAUUGUUGAUGCCCUGGCAUCCCUAACAAACAAGACUGUGAUUCCUUUAAUAUAUUUUUUGUGUCUCCUGGGUCACACGUGACUUUUUGCUAAGAAUUAUUGUCCAUUGCUGUGCAUUGCAUGUUAUUUUCUGAAAAUUAUCAGCUUCAGCUGAACUAAUUUAAACUGAUUUUUGUUUAUAAUGCUGUAUUUGGUGUGUGAUCUGCAGGAACAGUGUAUGAAUACAGUUUAAAUGUCCAGCCACAUAGGUGGUUUGGUUUUCUGACUACAGUUGGACAGACUUAACAAAGUAAUACACAUAUGAAAAUGUUACAUUUACAUUGAAAUACCUUGUCAAAUUGGAGUGCUUCAGUCUCCUUAUCUUAAAUUACAGUACAUGCAAGAUAAAUGCAAUUACUCAUGUAUAUUGAAGUUUCAGUUAUUUAAGUUGGAAAAAUUUUUUUUCUUGAUGCAACUUUGUCAAAAUAUAUCUGUUUUAAAAUUCAAAUAAAUCGGUA